UGACGUUUCUUUCGAAUCUUACAAAUUUUACAAACCCACGGCUCCGCUCCAAAUCACCGACUGCUUUUUUCUCCCCUCUUUUGGCUUACUUUCCCUUUUGCAAAACCAUUUUUCUCGAGGACCCAUUUGGUUGAUUUGCUCCAAACAACUCACUGUUCAUCAAUUUACUCUGUUUCUCUUCAACCCCACCUCGAUUAUGGCCGCUCUGAUGAACUUUCACCACUUCUUGCCAUGAGGGUCGAGUUAACUUACCGUAUUCAAUGUUUCAAACUACCCCUUCUUCGCUUUUUCUCUGUAUUUGUACCCUUUUUUUGCUGGAUUCGAUUACUUCUUGAAACCUGUGAUUUCGCUUUGGAGUUGGGAAAAAGUAACGCCGACCCUUGUGUCUGGAUUUGCUCGUAUCAGCUGGCUUUGUCUCCUCAACGAUCAUCGAUGUGAUUUGUAUGAAAUUCCAUUGAGAUUUGCGUUACUGUCGGGGAAUUUUAUCUGGUCUCUUUCUGGAGGGGUUCAGAUUCUUUAUAUGUCGACUGGUUAAUCUUCAAAUAGCUUCAAUAGUGCAGUAUUUUGGGAGGUGAUUCAGAAGACAAGGAUAAUCUGCAGAAUCCUUGUCGUGGUGCUUUCUGAUCGAAGACGAGUCGUUUUUUUGAUUCAAAUGCAAGAUGGAGAAAAGGAAAAGAAUCACACAGUACAGGGAGAGGCUAGAUAAAACACUCAGAUCUCCUGAUCUGACAACCAAGGAGUCUGUUGAGGCCCUUGUGUCGAAUCAACUUCGUCGUUUGCAUUCGAAACACGAAACCGAAGGAUGUAACGAAAACGUGUUACGUAAAAGAACUGCGGAGGUAUCGAAUUUUCUUGACAUGUUGAGGAGUGCUUCCGGUAAUGGUAAUGAUAGUAGCAGAGCUUCUGAGAUGGAACAUCAUGAGUGGAAAAUGAAGCACGAUGAUGAAGAAUUUCGGGUUAUGUAUCGUGAAGGACCGAAGGGCACUCCAUUUCAUACAUUACUCGUUGAAGGCUUUGUAGAUGGCCCGGUUGAUAUUUGCUUGUGCACUUCGUGGGAAUCUGAACUUUACAAAAGAUGGUGGCCUCAAUUUACUGUGCCGUCUUUCAAAAUUCUCACCAGCAAAUGUCUUCAAAAAGUCCGGAUCGGUGAACAGAUCGCGCUAGUAAGGGUUAAGGUUUCAUGGCCGCUGUCAACCAGGGAGAUCAUCGUGCACUACUUUCUUUUCGAGUACUUACAGGAUGACCUUAUCAUCGUACUUCUAAACUCGAUAUCUGAUUUGGACAGCAUUGAUAUAACUACUCAUGGAUUCACGAGGCACGCUAUCCCGGAUGCAGAAGAUGUAGUUAGGAUUGAUGUCGUGGGAGGCUUUGCUAUACAGAAGGUGACAGAUAACAGGAGCUACUUCCGGACAAUAGCAAACAUGGAUAUGAAGCUGGAUUUCAUUCCUCCGUCACUUAUAAACUUCAUCUCGAGGCAACUCAUCGGCAGUGGUUUCCGACUCUAUCAAAAGGUAGUGGCUUCAAUGUUCAAAUCUGAUGAAGAUUUUAUGAAGGCCUUGAAAGACCCACUGUACAUACAUAUAAACGAAGCUCUCUACCGGAAAAAUCAACAAGAUAAGGCGUUCGGAGAAAAACAGCUCGGUUCUCCAACUGAUAAAACUGGAAUCCAUCCUUUUCCAGAAGAGCAGCCGGAGAACUCGACGGAAGAGCUGCAGGAGAGCUCGACGGAAGAGCUGCAGGAGAGCUCGACGGAAGAGCAACCGGAGAACUUGAUGGAAGAUCAGAAGGUUAACGUCGAGCUCGCCAAAACUGUCAUGGAAGCUAAUGAGAAAGAAACGUUUGGGGAGAUUGAAGAGGAAGAGAGCAAUAAAACUGUCAUUUUAGGAAGAACUGUUGCAGAAAACUGUAAUUUUAAGGAUCAAAGAAUCUCUAUAAUCAGUCCAGAGGUAGAAAAGGCUCUGCAAACUUUAGAUGAGGUUAUUAAUAUGAUGAGGAAAGGUAGAUUCAAUGGUGAAGCAAAGGCUGGUUCUUGCUUGAGUGAUGAAAAGCCUCCAGAUAUAGAGAAGGAUACCGAAAAGAACUCGAGUACUUCUGAAGAUCGAAAUGUUCAUCCGAAAGUCGAGCUUUUCGCUAGCUUGUCAAGGAAACAAACGGCCGAGAGAGCUUCUGACGAACCCCCUCGAACCAGCUCUAACCAUAGUUCAAGGCGCUUAGGAUCAUCAAAUUCUUUAUCCAAGGACGUGAACCACAACAAAAUAGUUCCAGCAUCUCCAGAACAUAAAUGUUUACCUCUUGGACCUGCUGAAGUUAACCACACGACGUCGAGUUUCAUAGAACAUGGAACGAUAGAAAACGCACAUUCGGAUCAAAAUUCGCAUAAUCCUGAUAAGCAACCAACCAGUGAGCGUCAUGGCAUGGACGAAAUCAACGGAGAUUCAGCGGAGAGGUACGUAAGGAAUAGAAAGAACCGGUUCUGGUGUUUUCCGGGCAGUCCGAUACGGCUGAAGAAGGGAAGAAGUUGAAAUUCAGAUGAAGGUGAAGCAGAAACUUUAACUUGUUACUAUACCUGUAAAAAUAGUAAUAAAUCUCAAUUUGGCUGAAUUUUUUUGGUUUCUUUUUGUUAAUUCUAUACUUAUUUGCUUUAGCUUUCUUUA